AUUUAACAUGAAUUUGUUAGUAAAUUUAUUUGUCCUGCAUAUAACAAACCAAUCAAAAGACUUUUUUUGGUUUUUGAAAGUGAAAAUUCCCUUUUUAAGAAAUGUAUUUUUACUUUUUCUUUUAUUUUGUAUUUAUAUGGAAUGAUAUCUCUUUUGAUCUACAGAUGGAGCAAAGUAUAUAGCCGAGGAUAUUACUUUUUAGUAGUUUUUAAAAAAAUUAACAAAUCAUUGAUGUAAACGUAGAGACGUGUAAAGUUGAAAUUUUCCACAUUUAUAGAAAACCAUCCAAUUAGAAAUAUGAGCAUAUUAAGUAAUAGUAAUAGUAAUAGUAAUCUCUCUAUCCUCAAUUCAUACUUACAUAUACAUCAAAGAAAAACUUCUUGUGGCUUGGUUUAUUUAUUUCAAACCUUGAAGUUUAACGGUCAUAUCUUCUUGCAUUUCAAACUAAACUCGUAUUGGUAUUGGAUUUGGGUUUCAAAAUAAAAGCAGGUCUAAUUAUUUCAAACAUUAGACUAAUUUUGGUGUAAUUCAAAGAGUGAUAUCACCAUUUGAAGUUCUAGAAGAUAGAAGCUGGGAAAAUUUAGGUAAACGAAGUUGAGUUUAUGAGUGGUUAAAUCAUAGUUUUGUAUUUUUUCAAACAAAAGAAAAUAAAAAAAUCCAAGCUGAUGAAAUUGUCCAUUACUUAGUUUUAGUUUUUUUUUUUCUUUUUUAUUUUUGGAAAGUGACGAAGAAGUUUAAGACUUAGAGGGUCAGUCAAUAACGCGUGUAGUACUUCGAAAGACUUGCAUGCGUUCUUCUUCUGCCCCUCUUUCGUUUCAUCUCUCUGAGUCGGAGUUUAUUAGGAUUUAGAAAUUUAGAAGAAGGAUACAGGGAGUACGAUGGAGUGGUCCUCUCUUGAACUCAAACUAAUUUCUUGCAGGGAUCUCCGAGCCUUCAAUCUCUUCCAGAAGCUAUCUGUUUAUGCAGUGGUCUCCAGUUUUAAUGACGAGCUAAAGAAGAAGGAUGCGGAGGAUCGCCAAAAAACUCCCGUGGAUACUCAAGGAGGCAGACAUCCUGAAUGGAAUCACUCGAUGCAUUUUGAUCUCGAACCCGUCUCACUUGCUGAUCACCUAUUCCUUAAAUUCAAAUUGCGCUGCGCAGGGGUCAUCUUUGGGAAAAGAACGAUCGGCGAAGUUCGCGUUCCUUUCAAGGAUUUGAUUGAUGAAUAUAGUGGCACAGUCAGGUUUAUGAGCUAUCAGGUUCGAAGCGGCGACGGCAAGCCGAGUGGAGUGUUGAAUUUUUCCUAUAGGCUGAAGGGAAAGUCUAAGGAGAAGGAAGACGAUUGUCCUUGUGCGACAGGUGAGUCGGAGAAAGUGAAAGAGGAGGCUGAUGAUGUCCAACCACAACCGCGCUUAUAUCCGUCGCUGGAAGACAUCCACUCUCCUUUGCCAUCUCACUAUCCCGUACAAGAAUCUCCAUUGGGUUUGGCAGUGGAUCAUCGCCAUCCAUCUCCAGCAACAUACUACUGCUGGUACACAUCCGAGACUGCAGGGUAUGGUUACAGUGUAGGUGCAGCUGGUUGGGCAAAUUAGUGCGUAUGCAUAGGUAGAGUUAGCAGUUUGAUAUCAGCGGUUCACUUUUACUAAUCAGAUCAUGUUAGGGAGUAGAAAAUCAAUUCUGAUAACAUGCCUUGCUUUUUGAGCUUCUUUUCAUUAAUAAUCAUAAUAAAGACUGGGCAAAUCCUCCUCACUCCCAUCAAUUACAACAAUGGAAUUAAGGUUUGGUUUGUUGAUGUCGACUGAAAAAGCCAAUAAUAAUAUUAGUAAUAGGCAAGUCAAAGUCGUGGGAGUGUUGCGGGCGUAAUCGAAAUCUAGAAGCUGCAGAGGGUUGAUUUUUGUGAUAUGAUCUCACUGUUUGAAUUUCUUAACAAUUAAUCACCAACCAAAGCAUCACUCGAAUGCAAGACGUCUCUCUCUCUCUAUCUCUCUCUCUAUAUAUAUAUAUAUAUAUAUGCGGUUGGUCUCCGCAAUCUGAAAGGGCAUUAGAUUACAGAAAAAUGGUGGAUGGUUCUCUACUGCGUAGACAUACUGUGGUGGCAUCAACUCUGAAAAGGGGAAAGAAAAGGAAAAGGAAAAGGAAAAGAAAGAAAAAAGGAGGUUGAGAGAUGAAGUUGCAUUGUGAGUAAUAGCGAGAGAGAGGGGGAUGCAUUGCUGCUGCUGCUUUUUCUGCGAGUGACAACUAAAAAAGGUUUCAUUUUUUUGGGAUCUGUAGAGAGAGAGAUUCGUCAUUUUUAUAGUGGACACACAUCUUUAAUAAAGAUAAUCUUUUUAUUUUUA